CGCUAAGCUCUCUCUCGCCCGCCUCCGCCCGCGCUCCUCUCGCCCCCCACACCCCUCCCUGCCCGCCAUGCCGAACAUCGUGCUCUUCAGCGGUAGCUCCCACCACGACCUGUCGCAGCGGGUGGCGGACCGGCUCGGGCUGGAGCUGGGCAAGGUGGUCACCAAGAAGUUCAGCAACCAGGAGACCAGUGUAGAGAUUGGUGAAAGCGUGAGAGGAGAAGAUGUAUAUAUCAUCCAGAGUGGCUGUGGAGAAAUAAAUGACAACUUAAUGGAACUGCUUAUCAUGAUCAAUGCUUGCAAGAUUGCAUCAUCCUCCAGAGUGACUGCCGUAAUUCCAUGUUUUCCAUAUGCCAGACAAGAUAAGAAAGAUAAGAGUCGUGCUCCAAUUUCUGCAAAACUUGUUGCCAACAUGCUGUCAGUUGCAGGGGCUGACCACAUCAUCACCAUGGACUUGCAUGCUUCUCAGAUCCAGGGUUUCUUUGACAUUCCAGUAGAUAACCUGUAUGCAGAACCCGCAGUGCUGCAAUGGAUUAAAGAGAAUAUUUUGGAGUGGAGAAAUUGUAUCAUAGUCUCACCUGAUGCAGGUGGUGCAAAAAGGGUAACUUCAAUUGCUGACAGACUGAAUGUGGAAUUUGCUCUCAUUCAUAAGGAAAGAAAGAAGGCAAAUGAAGUGGACAGAAUGGUCUUGGUUGGUGACGUGAAAGACAGAGUAGCAAUUCUUGUCGAUGACAUGGCUGACACAUGUGGCACAAUAUGUCAUGCAGCAGACAAGUUAGUAUCUGCUGGAGCUACUAAAGUUUAUGCCAUUCUUACUCAUGGCAUCUUUUCUGGUCCUGCUAUUUCUCGGAUUAAUAAUGCAUCAUUUGAGGCUGUUGUGGUAACUAAUACAAUUCCCCAAGAAGAGAAAAUGAAACACUGCCCAAAAAUCCAGUUUAUUGACAUUUCCAUGAUCCUGGCUGAGGCCAUUCGAAGAACACACAAUGGUGAAUCAGUGUCUUACCUUUUCAGUCAUGUCCCCUUGUAACUGCAGGAGGUUACACUGCGUCUUUGCAACGGUCCCUUCAGCUAGCACUGCUGUUUUUAACAAUGCAUCUCAACCACAAGGAAUGAGUAUCUUUGUACAAUUCCAGAGCUUGUAUGUUUAAUUAUUAUAUUUUUCUUGUAAUUACCAUUUGUUCUUUGUAAAUGGGCAAUAAAUCUGUCUUGCAGAAACUUUAUGAAUUCCUUUGAAAGUCUUGUGUGUUGUGUAAGUUGUCUUUUAAGUACCCAUCCUCACUUUCUGCUAAACUGCUGCUUCAGAUCAGUUUUUCAUUACAGAACCACUAACUGUCUGUUCAUAGAACUUAAUGCAAUGUAUGCAUAUAAGAUCACUUUCUGUGUUAAGCUAAAUGCUGCUGGCUGGGUAUCUUGUAUCUAUUAAUUUGCCAGGUAAGCAGCUGUUGUUUAUUAGUUUAACUACCAUGAAUAAGUGAGCCCUAACAGAAUGUAAACUUCAUGUUAAUUUUUAGGAACUGUUGACACAUACAUAGUAUUAAUUGUGUUCUGUACACUUCAUGUUCUUUUUUCCACAGAUAUAUGUGGCUGCUGUUUUCUUUUGUAAAGCUCUCAUUACAUUAAAUUUUUUGCUUAACAUCUA